GCCAGCUCCCGGCCCGGCCGCGUCCUCCACGUGCUGCCACCUUCACCCCCUGCUUGUCUUUCUCUUUGCAGCCUCCUCUGGUCCAAGCCAUCUUCAACCGCGAUGUAGAGGAGGUGCGGUCGCUGCUGAAUCAGAAGGAGAAUAUCAACGUUCUGGACCAAGAAAGACGAACGCCGCUGCAUGCUGCUGCCUACCUAGGAGAUGUUGCAAUCCUCGAGCUCCUCAUACUGUCAGGUGCUAACGUUAACGCAAAGGACACUGUCUGGCUCACCCCCUUACACCGCGCUGCGGCUUCUCGUAACGAGAAAGCACUUCACCUCCUCCUGAAGCACUCGGCAGACGUCAAUGCCCGCGACAAGUAUUGGCAAACGCCUCUGCACGUCGCCGCUGCCAACCGGGCCACCAAGUGCGUGGAGGCCAUCAUCCCCCUGCUGAGCACUGUCAACGUCGCGGACCGCACGGGCCGCACGGCGCUGCACCAUGCCGUGCACAGCGGCCACCUCGAGAUGGUGAACCUGCUGUUAAACAAAGGGGCCAGCCUGAGUACUUGCGACAAGAAGGAUCGCCAGCCCAUCCACUGGGCAGCUUUUCUGGGGCAUUUGGAAGUUCUGAAGCUGCUGGUGGCCCGGGGAGCCGACGUGAUGUGUAAGGACAAGAAGGGCUACACCCUGCUGCACACGGCGGCAGCCAGCGGCCAGAUCGAGGUCGUGCGUCACCUGCUGAGGCUGGGCGUGGAGAUCGACGAACCGAACUCCUUCGGUAACACUGCACUUCACAUCGCCUGUUACAUGGGCCAAGAUGCCGUGGCCAACGAACUGGUCAAUUACGGCGCCAACGUCAAUCAGCCUAACGAGAAGGGCUUCACCCCUCUGCACUUUGCUGCCGUCUCCACCAACGGGGCCCUGUGCCUGGAGCUCCUCGUGAACAACGGGGCCGACGUCAACUUUCAGAGUAAGGAAGGGAAGAGCCCCUUGCACAUGGCUGCCAUCCACGGGCGGUUCACGCGUUCGCAGAUCCUCAUUCAGAAUGGCAGUGAGAUUGACUGUGCUGACAAAUACGGCAAUACCCCCCUCCACGUUGCUGCUAGAUAUGGCCACGAGCUGCUAAUUAGUACUUUGAUGACGAAUGGUGCUGACACUGCAAGGCGUGGGAUCCACGACAUGUUCCCUCUGCACUUAGCUGUUCUCUUUGGAUUUUCAGACUGUUGUCGUAAGCUACUUUCCUCAGGUCAGUUGUACAGUAUCGUCUCCUCGCUGAGCAAUGAGCACGUGCUGUCCGCAGGCUUCGAUAUCAACACACCUGACAACCUUGGGAGGACUUGCCUCCACGCUGCUGCUUCUGGAGGGAACGUUGAAUGUCUUAAUUUGCUGUUGAGCAGCGGUGCUGACUUGAGGAGGAGAGAUAAAUUUGGAAGGACUCCACUGCACUACGCAGCUGCCAACGGCAGCUACCAGUGUACGGUGACGCUGGUCACUGCGGGAGCCAGUAUUAACGAGGCUGACUGUAAAGGCUGUACCCCCUUACACUAUGCUGCUGCUUCGGACACGUACAGGAGAGCAGAGACUCAUUCAGGAAACAGCCAUGACACUGACGAGGAGCCGCUGAAGGAGUCCAGGCUGAAGGAGGCGUUCUUUUGUUUAGAGUUCUUGCUGGAUAAUGGUGCUGACCCAUCCCUCCGGGACAAGCAGGGAUAUACUGCUGUCCACUAUGCAGCUGCGUACGGCAACAGGCAGAACCUUGAGCUGCUUCUGGAAAUGUCUUUUAACUGCCUGGAGGAUGUGGAAAGCACCAUUCCAGUCAGCCCUUUGCACUUAGCUGCCUAUAAUGGUCACUGUGAAGCCCUAAAGACACUUGCCGAAACCCUCGUGAACCUCGACGUGCGGGACCACAAGGGGCGGACGGCGCUGUACCUCGCCACGGAGAGAGGCUCCACGGAGUGCGUGGAGGUGCUCACCAGCCACGGCGCCUCCGCCCUGGUGAAGGAGAGGAAGAGGAAGUGGACCCCUCUGCACGCCGCAGCUGCCAACGGGAACACCGAUUCCCUGCACCUCCUGAUAGACAGCGGGGAGCGGGCAGACAUCACCGACGUCAUGGACAUCCACGGCCAAACCCCGCUGAUGCUGGCGAUCAUGAACGGCCACGUUGACUGUGUCCACCUCCUGCUGGAGAAGGGCUCCACAGCUGACGCAGCGGACAAGAGGGGAAGGACCGCGCUGCAUCGAGGGGCUGUGACGGGCUGUGAGGACUGCCUGGCUGCCCUGCUGGACCACGAUGCCUUCGUUCUGUGUCGGGAUUUCAAAGGCCGGACCCCGAUCCACUUUGCUUCGGCAUGCGGACACUUGGAAAUCCUGCGGACCCUGCUGCAGGCAGCCCUCUCUACUGACCCUCUGGACUCUGUGGUGGACUAUAGCGGUUACUCACCGAUGCACUGGGCUUCGUACAGCGGGCAUGAAGAUUGUCUUGAAUUGUUACUUGAACACAAUCCAUUUGCGUACCUAGAAGGAAAUCCCUUUACUCCAUUGCACUGUGCAGUAAUUAACAACCAGGACGGCACUGCUGAAAUGCUGGUGGAAGCAUUAGGUGCCAAGAUUGUUAAUAGCAGAGAUGCCAAAGGAAGGACACCCCUUCACGCUGCUGCCUUUGCAGACAACAUCCAUGGUUUACAGCUGCUUCUGCGCCACCAAGCCGAGGUGGACACGACUGACAAGCUGGGGAGGACUCCCCUCAUGAUGGCUUCAGAGAACGGGCACACCGCAGCAGUCGAGUUCCUGCUGUAUCAAGCAAAAGCAAAUAUAACUGUGCUGGAUGUCAACAAGAACACAGCUCUUCACCUGGCCUGCAGCAAGGGUCAUGAAAAGUGUGCCUUGUUGAUCCUGGGGGAAACCCAAGACCUUGGCCUUAUCAAUGCAAGUAACAGUGCUCUGCAGAUGCCGCUCCACAUCGCAGCGCGGAACGGGCUGGCCGCCGUCGUCCAGGCCCUGCUCAGCAGAGGUGCCACCGUGCUGGCUGUGGAUGAAGAAGGUCAUACCCCAGCCUUGGCAUGCGCUCCCAACAAGGACGUAGCCGACUGCCUGGCACUUAUCCUCUCCACCAUGAAGCCUUUCCCACCUAAAGACGCCAUCAGCUCUUUCAGCUUCAACCUCCUCAAGAACUGCGGCAUUGCAGCCAAAACCGCGGCCUGCGGGGCCCUGCCCAACGGCAGCACCUGCCCCUACGGCAAGGACCGGCACAAUGCCAUCGGCUUGGACGGCUGUUACUCGGAGUAGCUUAACCUAUGGGUGACCUAAUAUCUUAUUAUAUUUAUUUAGAAAUUCUAUAAAUAUAGGGCACUUUAAAGGAGAACAAGACUGGGCAGGCCUUCUAGCGUGGCCGGGUAGACCAAGAGUUCAGUGCUUCUUCCUCUUCUUGCCGGAGUGCCGGUGCGGUGCCGAAGCUGCUAAUUGGCGUGACGAGCGGUUGGCGGCACUGCUCCGUGAGUGUCCCCCCCCCCCCCUCCAGACGCAUGCUCCCAUCCCUGCGUGGCUGCCCCCGGGCUGCUGCUGGGUCCGUGGCCAGAGAGAACCGAAAUGAGGGAAAAAAAACACAAAAUUAAAAAAAAAAGCAGCCAGUUGGGACCAUCCAGUGGCCUGGGAAGGGGAUUUGGCUCCCGGCUUUUGGGGUGAAUGAAAAUCUUCCCAAUCCCCUGCCCUCGAGGGGGGGCAGUGUCCCUGCGCCGCUGCCGGCCGGGAGGGGGAAGCCUGAACUCUUGGUGGGGUCUGGGGGGGGGAUUUGGGAACUGGACGGCCUCGCAGCCGCUGGGGUGGGCGUUAGCUCCUGGCCAAGUGCCACUGUAACUGCUCCUCGCUCUGAGUCACUUUUCUCACGCUCAUCCUUCGAUUCCAAUACAAACACUUGAAUCAAGAUCUACUGUACCUGGGACACUAAAAUAUCCUUUUGGCAGCUGUCAUUUUUAUGCAAAAACGGGUGCUGCUGCCCAACCCCGCGGGCUGCUCACCGCGGAUGCGCUGCUGGAACCUCCCUCCCUCCACCAGGCACUUUAGGGAUUCUGUUGGUUUUUUGUUCUUUUUUUUUUUCUUUUUUUUUUUUCCUUGGCAAAAUGUUGGAUCCUAAGAAAAGAUUCUUUUUUGGAUUUUCGUUCUCUGUGUUGGAGUUGGAUCAUCCUUAGGGGUCCCUUCCAACUCAAGAUGUUCUGUUCUAUGGUUCUACUGCAUGGCUGUUUCCAUGCGAAAGUCAGUGUUGCUUUUUUUUUAAAAAAAGAGUUAUUUAUAAAGAAAUAAGCAUUUACCUUUAAAAAAUGAGCAUUUACCUUUAAAAA